UACAACUAGUUGAUAUGGGCACACGUCGCUGUAUCCUCUGGCGUCUUCAUGUCUACAACAAUAGACUAUACUCAAUGCCUGGACUCUCCACACACGGCUAUCGCGAUUGGGGCCCUCGUGUCUACGCACGACAUCCCGGAGAAGUGCAUCGCGUUAUGAACUGGGUUAAUCGCGAUGUCUCCGUGCUAAUCCAUGACAACAAAACAACCAUUCUGACCAUUUUCGACUUGAUUCUCAGUUUAUUGCCAUGCACCAGCAUGAAGAGUUACGAGUUCAGGGCCGCUCUGCUCCCCUACUUCGAAGAGAAAACCCAUCACUUCAUCUACGAGCUGAUCAAUUUUGCGCGCUCCCCUUAUGAUGAUCUAAUAACGUACGAGUUAAAUGUCCAGUACUGCUAUGUCGAUUUGGAUUAUAUGUAUAAUGAUGAUGAUGACGACGACGGUGAUUCCUGCUGCACCUUGACGAUUGAUCGAGCCAUCCAAAACGCUGAUAAGAAGGUUUCAAAUUUUGUCGAGUUCUCGCAUUCAUUCGACAACGACGACUGCCGCGGCUUCGAACUGCAUCUUGAUUUGGAAGACGAUGACUCCGAAGCAUUGGAUGAAAUGUCCGCCAUGAGUGAGAAGCAACAAGCCGAGCUCAUGCGAGCCCUUAAUUCGGACACAACAAACCCACAGCCGCCUACACCUGCUGGUGCUAGUGCGGAUGGUGGGGACUUUGAAUUGGAAUUGGCCAUUGAGCGCAGCAUAAUAGAGAGUGGCGACAGUAACAUAUCGUCUCCCCGAGUGUACGUUAUACCCAAUCCUAGUUCAAAUACAGCAACACCUGCAGCUGUUGCCACGUCGGUGAAUGCAAUUGGAGCGGCCCCUCAAACAACUUCCGCCCCAUCAGUUGGCUUUACCGCCAAUUCUCCGACCUUGGAGAAUGAAAGCCAAAACGCGGAUGGGCGCAUCAGAAGACGUCGCAACGCCUUCUAUGUUGCCAACGAGCGUUAA